AUGUGUCGUGUGCCUGACUUCCGUUUCGUUCCCGCACUUAGGUGCCUACUUUUUCGUUACUCGAAGGUAACUGGUACACAGUGAGCUGGACAUUGGCUAAAAUUACUCUUAAUUAAAGUAUGACCGACGUGGAAAAAGGGAAAGAGGCUGCUGCUACGGCUGCUGUUGAUGAAUGGUUGAAGGUUGGUCAUUCAUUUUCCUAGCGUGAAUUUGUAUCAGGAUAACCAAGUCGUUGGUAUCGGCAGCGGGACGACCGUUGUUUACGCAGUGAAAAGAAUAUGUACGGAGUAUUUUACUAAAGCUCAUUGGCAGACGAAAUUGUUAACAGGGAAAAAUGGAAGAUAAAAUGUGUUCCAUCGUCGUAUCAGGUAAGUUAUGGAGGCGUAGGAGUGCUUGCAGGCUCUCCAACUGAUGAUGGCGGCCAAAUUACCCCUUACUACUCUGGAUGAGAGCCCUGUGGUAUGCAGUCAGCUUUUACACAUAUUAAGCGUAGCUUGACGUAGCUUUCGACGGUGUCGACGAAAUUACACCAGAUAUGAAUUCAAUCAAGGGCGGUGGUGGAUGUCUGUUGCAAGAAAAAAUUGUCGAUUACAAUGCCAAAUCCUUCAUUGUGAUCGCAGACGAAAGGUUUGUCUACUCUUAGGGAAUAUCCUUCCGCACCCUCUCAAGUUUUCUGUUUUUUACUAAAUACUUCACAAAGAGUAACUGUCUGACUGCCAUGCUUGUUCAGUUUGGCUUAUACUAGGUUACAGAGGACUGAGGUUUGGCGCGCUGAGUAUCUUAUAAAAUGCUGCAAAGUCCCAUGAAGGUACCAUGAGAUGACGAACGUAAACCGCCAUCAAGUAAGUUUGCUGGUCACAUCCGCCUCGUGGCUGGGUUCUUGAGCCAGAGUGCUAAAGGAGCCCACCUCGUCUGUUCUAAAAAUCCCCACGAAAUAUCAUGAAAUAGCCGUAGUACAGUUUUACGAUCCAUACCACGGCGUUCGCGGAAACCGACGCGCCCCGCAACCCUGGUCCAGCGCUGCGGGCGAAUAGUACGCGAAUUGGACUACUUGAUCGGGAUGGGACUCUUCGCUUUGGGUGUUGAAAUAUGCGAAUGUUCUUACACACUGGUGCCGGAAGUCUCAUGACGCGGAGUCCUCAUCAGUACAACGUAGAUGUCUGCUGUCUGUAUAAAUUCCCAAUGCCCUGGUCGUACGCUCGGAAAAUAAGGACCCCAGAAGUCAACUCCCACUUUGUUCCGUGCCACAUUGUCCCACUCGACUUGGCGGACACGCAGUGGCUGUUGCCCUCACGGAAUAAACGAACUGUGCAGUACCUGCAUGGGAACCAGUAAAUAACCGGGUGGCUUGCGUGUGACUGAAGAUCGUUUCGUGAACGUCUCCGUCGCCUCCGUAUAUGCAAUAACAUCAUUUGCCGAACAGUGUAACAAAGAGACCUACUCAGAGUUGCAGGAAUUAGUCGAUCGGCUUCCUCGCAGUGAUCUGCUGACCGUUUCCUGGAGGCUAGAAUGGCCGGACUGUUUCUGGCAAACCUUUAAACGGUCAUCUUAUUGACCGUUUUCGACUGGGAUCCAGUUGCUAAGAUGAUGGUAGAAUGAUUCUGGUGAUCAGAGCUGAUUGGCUAUCAUCAACAGAUGUCUCCAGCAUCGUCGCAAACAUCUGCUGAUUUGGUAAUCAGACGGUCGUACGGUCAGUCAGAUCGACCAAAUGCCCGUUGGUUCAAGGUUUAGUAGAUGAGUUUGUGAUAGCAGAUCGAUGCAUGGCGCCGAAAAUGACAACGCCCAUGCGUCGUAUUAUGUUCUCUUAUCUGCACCCAAGAUUUUUUAUGCGAGACGCCUUCGACGAUCCAGCCCCACCGAGGCCCUGAACGCGGUAAUACGGUCUCCUUUUACGACCUGAACCGACUGAGAACAAAGUAGCCAGCGGUCACCACUGAACUCAUCAUUGUUUGGGCAGCUGACACAUUUCUUGGAUUCACCUCACGGCGUCGAAGUGACCGGAUUGGGCCAGAUCCCACAACCUCCGGAAAAUGACGACAAAGUCGACUAGAGACUAGUGACUCGCGCCGCCAUGCCAUCGAUGAGCUGACGUACCACCUGAGUGAAUCAUUCGUGACAGCCGAAUUUCUGCAGGAUUUUCCACAGUUCGCCACGAUUCACCGUAUCGUAGGCUUUUGUCAGAUCCACAAAGAUAGAGUAGAGGUGGGUCCGCAUCUCCUGACACAUCUACUGUAGUUGGCGAACGGCGAAGAUCAUGUCCGUGGUCCCACGAUGACGGCAGAGGCUGCACUGGUUUUCCAGCAGGAGACCCUGUUCCAGAUAGUUGCUCAGGCUGUUGAGAAGAAUACGAGCGAAGACUUUCUCGGCGAUUUUCAGCAGCGAGAUGCCUCUGUGAUUGCCGCAGAUUUGGCGGUUUCCUUUCCGCUUGCAUAGAUGUAAGAUUUUAGCGUCCUUCAGAUCCUGCGGGACAUCUCCUUGACACCACAUCUCCGGGAAGAGUGCCAUCAGAUGAUUCACGGGUGGGUGGCCACUGUACUUGUAGAUCUCGGUGGGGAUCGCGUCUGAUCCGGGUGCCUUUCCGCUGGAGAGCUGCUGCACGGUCUAACUGGUUUCGUGGAGAGAGGACGGGAGGCCAAGGUCACCUUUGGUCUCCACAUGAGGCAGACGGGCGAUAGCGGCGUCGGAGGUGGUGUAGGGGCAGUUAAGGACGCCUCAGAAGUGCUUGGCCCAUCGCUGUAGAAUUUGUGUCUUCUCGGUGAGUAGGGUGCUUCCGUCGGCUCUGAGAAGAGGAACAGGUCCUUUGGUUGGCGUACCAUGGACAGCCUUGAUCGACACAACGAUGUUCUUCCAUUCGGCCCAUAUCAAUCUUCCCCAACCCUUCGUUAUCCGACCUGAUGAUCGAUAAGGUUGCAUCCUGUCACCCAUUCUGUUUAGCUACGCCAUUGGUCGUAUCCUCGAAAGGACUACAUGGUUUUAACGGUGUGGAGCCUGGACCCGGACACUGGCUGACUGAUCUCGACUAUGCCGAUUAUAUCGCCUUACCAGCUUCCAGUUUUGGUGAUCUUCAGUCUAUGGUGUCACGGGUGAACGAGGUCGCUGAAUCGGUUAAUCUGUCCAUAAAUACUGGGAAGACCAAAGUGUUUCCGAGUCGCAUCUCUGACCAGGAGAAGGCACCUCUCCAGAUUAAUGGUUGUCAACUCGAGGAAGUAGACAGUUUUAAAUACCUCGAGGCGAGACAGCUGUCGAAUGGGCAGAGUAAGGACGACAAUAUCUCCCGAAUCGAUGCUACUCGCAGGGUUUCUCAAUCCCUCGAAAGUGCUUCGAGUGAAGUACGCCGGCUUCGUCUCCAAUGAGGCUGUCCGCACUUGCUGCGCCAAUAUCACAAGGAUAGUCCAGGCCAUCCAAGAAGACGAUCGAGGUGGUUUGACCAUGUUCAUCGUCGUCUACCUAAGGAGCUGAUUGUUACUGUCCUCGAUCUGGCGCCGCUGCCCACUUAGAAGAGGUGGUUAACUCAAAACCUGAUUCGACACAGUUCUUCCAGACAUGGAGGCGUUUCUUGACCCUCGGUAUUCGGUCUACGUUGCUGGGGGGUACAUCGAGCUGCUGGGAUCGACCGCGCAGAUCAUCACGCAUGGAGAGUGGCAAUCUGAGACAUCAUCGAGGCCAGCUAGAUCAGGCAUGACCACUGGUGUACGAAGUACAAUUUAAUACUCAGGAGUUUAAAUAGAGGUUGUAUCUUUUUUCUGUCCUUGUCUUUUUUGCUAAAAGGACCAUUUGACUUGCUCUUAAGCCCAUCGGUACUAUUUUUUUUAUUGCCAAAUAUUCACAUACAGUACCAUGGUUUCUAAACUACCGUAGUAUUUCGUUAAGUGUCCGAAAAUUUCGUAGGGACUUCACCAUAGCUGCCUGGCGUGGGUCUUACUUGGCCCAUCAAACUUGUUGAUUCUUAAUUAAAUAACCGAAGUACGGGUAUUUGUCUUUUUAGCAAGCGUGCGUCGUAUUUGGGUGAAAAAUGGACACGUGGUUUACCCAUUGAAGUUAUCCCCAUGGCCUCAACGACGGUCAAGAACGAAAUCGAGAGGCGGUUUGGUGGUGUGGCAAAAUUGCGCAUGGCCGUCUCGAAAAUGGUAUUUCAAGCCUUUCUGCGUCCAAUCUGUUUCAUAGGCGUUUAUGCCUGUUCCUACAGCCUUUUAAAGUGCUGCCCUGUUUAGUCUUCACGGACAGAUUUGUCAACCGAUUUCUCCAAUUCCGUGUUAAGGGUCCAGUCGUAACGGACAAUGGCAAUUUUUUACUUGACUGGCAGUUUGGUGCCGACCCGUCAAUCGAUUGGAAGCAGAUUGAUGUCGACAUACACCUUAUUCCAGGUACUGAACAUGUACUGUGUUUGUCGUAAUGUUGUUUUCAAGCCGUGCGUUUGCUAGACUGUGUCUUAUUUACCCGUUUUUGUUUCAUGCUUCCUCAAAUGCGCCUGUGCUCGAUCAAGCUAAUGGUAUUCUGGCGACAGCACAAUCUGCAUAAUUAGGUUUAUACUUAAACCAAGCUUUAAUGGUUGCUUUAAUGGUUGGGAACCACUCGGUCCUCUUGGUAUAAUCACUUAAAGCGUUCCUUUAUUACGGCUUAUGCAACAACAGUUCAACAAACUGUGCGUACAGGCCCGCUGCCUCCCUCCCCCCUACAUCCUGCCGUUCCAGUCUUGCUCAUAGCCAUCUACUAUCCUCUAUUGCCCGAAGCGGUCUCAUCCCCCAUGCCUGUCCAUAAAGCAUACUUGUACUAUCACGGUCGGUUUGAUCGCUGGCAGUUCGUUUCUUGCAUUUUAUUAGUCCGGUCUUCAUGUAGAGCUGCGUCAGUUUAGUAGGAGCGUCUAAUUAUUUGUCAGGAGUCAGGAUAUUUAGUUUAGUAGCACUGCCGUCUGUUCAUGUGAGCCACACAAAGGUCCCCAUCAUGCGCUUUGCUCUGUCUCCGGUCAGGCUGCCAGCCCCAGGAAUCUGUAUUUUCGCAGCAAAAAACAAAGAAGCUCUUGAUGAAUGGCAAAAGUACAGAUGAAGAAGUCGAGUGAUAUCCUGCGUGCAAUAAAUUUGACCUCAGUGCGAUUCAUUUUGAUAAACCUGCGUUUUCAUUUCUAUAUCUCAGUAAUGUGCUCCUCUUCUCCGUUUCCACUCAGCUGUUGUGUGCCGGGGGGGGGGAGCACAUUUAUCGAACCGUAAUCUCACGUAAAUGAAUUCGAAAAAUCGGGCGACUGUUCAGUUUGCAUGAUUACCCUAUGUAAUCCCCGCAAAGAGUGUCAUCCUGGUUGUUUCUCAUUUGCAUCCACUGGUGGAUAAUUACUGUGGUCCACCUGACAUUACUUCUUGCGACUUGAUGUCUUCUGUUGUAAUUUUUUAAGACUGUUGCCUAAAUUUGCGUUUUGCAAAUGUCUUUUUAAGGCGUCGUUGAAACGGGCCUAUUUCUAGGCCUCUCAAAGCACGCUUACUUCGGAAAGGCUGACGGCAGCGUUGAAAAGCUGACAAAGUAA